AUGGCCCCCUCAGCAACAGAGACGGCACCUAAGCUUGAUGAUGUGCAGGCCAAACCCCUGCCUGUCAAGGAGUCAAAGCCCACCGAGGGUAUUCAGGUCCAGGAGGAGGAGCUACCCGAACUUCGAACUGGCCACAAAGAGCCGUUGAAGCUAAGUGGCGCCUUGGACAAGUUUGAACACUUUGAGGUCACGCCGAUCAUUGGUAGAGAGUACCCCAACGUCGACCUGAAGGAGCUUCUCAGAGCCCCAAACUCUGACGAUCUUCUCCGCGAUCUUGCCAUCACCAUUUCUCAACGCGGCGUUGUCUUCUUCCGCAAACAAGAUAAUGUCGACAACGACCUCCAGAAGGAACUUGUUCAGCGUCUCGGCGAGCUCUCGGGAAAGCCAUCGACUUCAAAGCUUCAUAUCCAUCCCGUCAAUAACGCUUCCCGCGGCAACGACAAAGACGACGAGAUUAGCGUCAUAUCAUCCGCAAAUGCAAAGAAAUUGUCGCUGCACCGCUUCUUGAACUACAAUAAGGGGCAAACUCAAAGGUCCCAAUGGCACUCGGAUAUCACUUUUGAGCCUGUGCCGAGUGACUAUGCUCUCUUACGUCUUACACAGUUACCCAAGACCGGUGGAGAUACUCUCUGGGCUUCCGGGUACGAAGUUUACGACCGCAUUUCGAAGCCGUUGCAAAAGUUCCUUGACACUUUGACUGCAACGUAUGCUCAGCCGGGCUUCAAACAAGCGGCGGACGGUAACGGCUUCAAGCUCUUUUCGGCUGAGCGAGGCGCGCCCGAGAACGUAGGCGAGAUCCUCCAGGCCAUUCACCCUGUGAUCCGAACGAACCCCGUCACUGGAUGGAAGAGCGUUUUCGCCUUUGGGCACCACGUGGAGAAGAUCAAUGGCCUGUCGGAGGAUGAGUCGAAGCACUUCCUCACCUGGUUUGUUCAGUUGGUUCUAGAGAACCAUGACCUCCAAGUCCGACACCGCUGGCAAAACGUGAACGAUGUGGCUAUCUGGGACAAUCGAUCAGUUUACCAUGCUGCCACACCGGAUUACAUUCACGAAGACCUGGGUGAAAGAUCCGGCUCUCGUAGUGUCAGUCUUGGGGAAAGACCGUACUUCGAUCCACAGAGCCUCAGCAGGCGGGAGGCUUUGCGUGCUGAAGCCAUUGCUGGUUUGAACGCUACAUGA